AUGUCGUACAGAAUAAAGGACACCGAUUUACACAACCAAGCACAACAAUUCCAAGCAACCACUAAUUCUUUACGUCACGCACGACGUGAACGUGUUUUGAAUAUGCAUAGAAAUAUAAUAGAUAUACCCGAAUGUAAAGGAUAUGCCUCUUCGGAAGAAAUUGAAACUAUAAUAACUGGGGUGUUACAACUCAAUCCAACAGCUCCUUCUCAAUUAUUUCAGUUGAUCGACAACGACCCAGUGGUGACCAAGUUGAUUAGGACUCACAACGUUCUUCCUUCAUUGAAGAAAAUACUUUUGAAUUCACAAGUCGACGUGAUGUUAAGUGUGUUAGACUGUUUCAUCAAUUACUGUUACGAGUCUCCGGAGUGUUCCUAUGAGGUGAUGGAACUGAAUGAUAUGGUUCCCGUCUGUGUGUCCUUAUUACAACUUGACAACAAAGAAUUAAACGAUAAAACAUUGUGGUUGUUAUGUAACACAGUAUCCGACGUAUUCAACGUGAAGACCAAAAUUAUCUCUACACAACUUUUUAAAUUAAUUCCUCUACUCGCUCAUAAAUAUCAAGAUCAAUUGGUCCCAAGACUAUCUUGGCUUUGUUUGGUGUUGUCUGAAAUACAAGCAAAUGGACCGCCCCUCCCGGAAGAACUCUUUUCUGUUUUGUUUUCAUUUGCUCUUGAAUUCUUAGACAAAUACAAAACAGUCCCAGAAAUAGCGUCGGACUGUUUGUAUACUUUUGUACACCUCUCCGUCCAAUUUGAGUACUUGAACUAUUUCCAAAACCCUAGUUUAUUGGAUCUCAUCAAGUCGUUCUUCUUGUCACCUGAAACAACAUUAUUUGUACCUGCUAUGCGUUUCUUUGGUAAUUUAAUAAUAGCAGACGAAGCUGUAGAGUAUGUGUUGAAUUACAUUGGAGACACCUUUUUAACUUCAAUUAAAAGUACGAACGCACAAAUGUUAAAAGAGGUGUAUUUCUUUUAUUCCAAUUUGGCAGCAACAAAAAGUCUUCCCGUUAUUAUGAAGUGUGUGAAUGGAGAGCAAGUGGAUGUGGCCGUCAACUUCAUUUUGCAAAGAAGCGUGUUUCAAGAUACUCGGCUUGAGAUGGAACAUUUCAUCGUUAAUUUGUUUGUUUCAUCUUUCGUGGAGAUCAAAGCGAUUCUUUUGAGUAAACCAAGGAUACUUGAAGCACUUCUGAAAGUGUGUAGAGACACUGAGGCGCCACUUAAACUAUUGUGGAGUUCGCUCAAGGCAAUAGGGUUGGUUUGUGAGUAUGGGGAGAAUGUGGCACGUGUCGAUUAUACAAAUCUCUUUGAAGAACUUAAGGUGGUAGAUACACUCGACGAAAUCAUUAACACUAUCAACAACAACAAAAUCACCAACCUCGCUAGACAACUGAGAGACAACUACUUUAUGGUCGAAGGCUAUGAUCAACUUUAA